AUGAUCAAUGAGAUUGCGACCCGCGUUGCCUGGGAGUUGCUGGGCGACGCCGACCCCGCCAAGCCCGAUGGGAACGCCUCGGCCCUGAGCGCGAGCGUGACUGACAAGCACUUCCAGGCGGUGACGCGCAUCGAGGCAUCAGCGUGCAAGGCUUGUGUGGACCGCUGCCGGUCGGGGCAGACGAAGCGCGUCCUGCUGGCCGCGACUCGACCCUUCAGGACGUGGGGGCCGGGAGAAAAGGAGAUCCUGCAGGAGCUGGCGAAGGUGCCUACGACGAUGUCGUCGACCAGCCAGGUCCAGAAGACUGGGAUAACAUUCCAGACGGAGAAGACGCGGAGGCACCGACGUCGACGGACACGUCUACUGCAGGAGACCAAGUGUUUCGACCAUUCGACGCGACAGAGGAUUAUGAAGCACCUGGCCGACAAGAUCUGGAUGGAGAAGCUCCAGGUUCUGAUCGACCUCCCUCGCCGAGAGACCUUUCUGAGGCCGCUGGCCCUGCGCAAGCCGAAGGGCAUCUGGAAGGUCGACGCUCUUGGGGCAGCGAGCCUCCGCCAGAAGGGCGACGCCCGCUGGAUGGCACCCUGGCAGUACGACCAGAAGGCGAAGCGAUCAGAUCUGGUGGGAUUCGUGGGCGAGGAAGAGCAGCACUGGGCUAUCAUGGUCGUCUUCGCGCUGGACGAGUCAGAGGUGGGCCAGCUGUGCUGGAAGCCCGGGAAGGCCCUCGCGGCCAUGGUCAAGCAGAACAAGGCCGAGGUUAAGCUCAAUAACUUUUCAGCAGAGGGUCGAGCCAAGCUGCCGACCGCGAAGAGUAACAAGGUGAAGUCCUUCCUCAAGUAUCGGGUAUGCGAGGCCGCCCGCCGGGCUGGAGUCCACCGAGGUGCCCUGAUGCAGGUGAGAUGGGUCAUCACUCGCAAGGAGACAGGUGACCUGAAGGCCCGCCUGGUCUUUCUUGGCUUCACCGACCCUGGCCUCGGUCAGAUGAAGACAGCAUCGUCGACGUGCAGCCGCAGAGCUCGCCGAACUUUCCUGGGUGUCUCCGCCUCGAUGGGCUUCCAUAUCUUCAGGGGUGACGUGAAGGCCGUUUCCUUACAGGAGGACUUUGGAGACGAAAAUCGUAACGUUCUCGCGGAGCCAGUCAGGGAGCUCAGGGAGGCGAUGCGAUUGGAGCACCAUCAAUGUAUCCGCCUGAAGAAUGCGGUCUACGGCUUGGUGAAUGCACCGCGACGCUGGUUGACGAGAGUACGAAAGGACAUUCCAAACCUUGGCUGGGUAGAAUCUACGACCGAGCCCUGCAUGUGGUGCCCUCCGGAUUCAGGCGGCCAUCUACGACGACUGGCCGUGGCCCGCGUGGAUGUCUUCAUGAUUGCGAUCGACCAGCAGUCAGAGUUUGCGGUGGGCGCCCUGCAGAAGCUUCAGCAGGCCCGCGAGUGGGGAAGCUGGGAAAGUCAAGAUUUUGUGCAGUGCGG